AUGUUUUUAUGGGAGGCUCAAAAUAGAUAAAAUUUGGAUAGGAUAAUAAAAUAUAAACAUCAUGGCUUAGAAUUAGUGUCAUUACUGAUAAUAUAUUUGCUUGCUAAUAGCAUAAAAAAUGCCUUUGAUUUUUACAUAUUCAAUUCUGAAUCAGGAGAAUACUUGUUAUAUAAGCAACUACAAGUCAAAGGAGGUUAAUCAUCCUUUGACCAUCAUUUCUCAUCUAUUUACCUCAAAUAAUAAUUACUCCUUCUUGUGAAAAUUCGUAAAUACUUGAAUUUAUAAGAUUCACAAAUCCAUUUUGAUCUUCUUAAUAUUUGGAAUGUAUUUUUGAAUAAUCAAUUGAUUUUAAUUCAGGACAAGCAAUCAGAGCAUUUACUUAUGAUGGACAAUGCCUAAUUGCUUUUGAUGAUAACUCAAAUGAAAUAAGAGAAAGAAAGUCCAAAAAGAGAGUAUGAAAAAUGA